AGGUAGAACCCGGAGAAUCGGGUUUCUAUCAUCUGGUAUCAGAGCUCAGGUUCUGACUAUCGAGUUUAUCGCAACUCUACAUUGGCACGGAAAACGGAGCUAUGGCGAUCACUAAAUCACCUGCGGAGAAGUCUGAUGCUGGAUCCAAGGCAGCCCAGACCAGGGUUCCCUCGCCGCAGGCAGACAAUCGGCGUGAAGGAGUGGUGGUGGACGAGACGGAGAGCGACGAUCUCCAAGCCUCGAUGCGCACCAUCAUGGCAAUGCAACUGAGGACCGACGCCAACAUGGAAGAGGUGAGGGCCGAGGUUGAUGAGGCCAAGCGUGAUCGUGACAUGAUCAUGCAGAUCCUCACCGGCAUGCAGGAGGAGCAGAGGCGGUUGGUGGCGGCGUUGGGCCUCGGCGGAGGUGAUCGAUGCGAGGAGGCGGCGGCCAAGGCGAGCAACGCAGCGGCGGCUGGCCAACCCGCGGGCGCCGGAGGAGGGAAGCCGACGGCAUCCUCAGCGGUGAGCUCGGCGGCGGCUGUCCCAGCUGCUGUCGACGCGGUGGCUGGGCCCGGAGGAGAGGCGACGGCGACGACGGCAACCCUAGGGCAGGCGGGAACUGAUCGGGUGGGCCCAGUGACUGAUGGGCCUCGGGGCGGACCCGGGCUGCUACCGACCCCGACGGCGGAAGAGAUCGCGGCACUACGCGGAAAGGCAAAGAUGCCGGGCUACGACAAUGUGGUCCAAAACCCCUGUUUCAAGCCCAUGGGCCCGAGCCCAAUGGAGGGUGAGACGGGUCGGGGACAGCGGACCGGAGACGGGCCCGAUCGGGCAGGUGGAGCAGAGCGGGCCAUGGUGAACCGACCGGGCCCAGAGAGCCGGACCGGACCGGGCUGGGCCGAUGGUGGUCGGACCGGGCCUGGGUGGAUCGAGGCCGGUCGGACCGGAGCUGGGUGGACCGACAGUGGCCGAACCAGGGCCGGGUGGACCACCAAUGGCCGAACCGGGGUGGGCCGAUUUGCAAGCGAACCCCACCGGUUCGGGUUGACUCCGGAUGGCCGACCAGUGGCUGAAUGGCGUGCACAGCUGGAGGGUUCAAGUGCAUACGGGCCCCCGUUGGCACCAGCAGGAGACCCAGGGGGUCAGCUGGGUGGGUACGAAGACUACGCAGGCGGGAAUGGACCGGGCUGGAGCAUAGGGGACGACGCACGCGGACCCCCGGGGUAUUACAGGGGCUACCCCAGUGCGGGCAGGUAUGGCGGCUAUGAUCGUUAUGAUGAUGAGUAUGGAUUGGUGUUUAGGGCCAAGCCCCCGACCAUUGAGUUUCCGAAAUUCAAUGGCCAGGAGGAUGCAGGUUUGUGGUUGUAUGCAGCUGACAGGUGGUUUAAAAAUCACCCAACCCGGGAGGAAAGGAAGGCGCAACUAGCGUCCUUUUAUCUGGAGGGAGACGCGCUGCAUUGGUGGGAGUGGUUGGAGCGAUCCUAUGCGGCCGCGCAGACGCUGAUUACUUGGCCGAUAUUCCAGGAGGAGCUUCGCUACCAGUUCGGAAAAUCUGAAGGAUGGGCGCCAGAGCAGUUAGCCAAGCUCAGAAAGACCGGCUCGGUAGCUGAUUAUCGGGCAGAGUUCCUUAAGCUGGGAAACCAGUGUAAGGGAGUUCCAGAGGAGACCCUGGUGGGCCUGUGCAUGGCAGGUCUUAACCCAGAGUUUGCUGCUGCAGUCAAGAUUUUCGUACCAGAUACCUUGCGGGCUGUUUUUCAUCUUGCAGGUCAUAAAGAAGAGGAGCUGGAAAGUUGGAGGAACGUCAUAGGACGUUACCCCAAGACUGGAGGAGGAGGCCAUGCCGGUGCGGGGAGUAGCGGGGGUGGCAGCACCGCUAUCACUGCUAGCGGCGGGGCGGGCGCGACACCAGGAGCAGUGGCCCUGGCAGCACGGCUUGGGCCUAGGGCUCCACCGAAGGGCUUCGUCAGGCUGAGUUCAGCGGAAAUAGAUCAGAAGAGGAGGGAAGGCAAAUGCUUCAACUGCGACGAGCAGUUCACCAUCGGGCACAAGUGCGCAAAGCCGGAGUUGAUGAUGUUGGUGGGAAGAUGGGAGGAUGAGGCCGAGGAAGAUGCAGCGAACGACAGAGGCGAAGGGCAGGUGGAGGACUGACAACCUUGAGGACAAGGUUGAUUCGAAGGAGGCGGGGAUGAUAGAAACCCGCAUUUCUAUUUAAUUAGCAAUUGCACUUAUUUGAUAGUUUAUGAAUGUUUAGGGAUUUAUUGGCUAUUUGGGGAUUAGAUUGGGGGUUUAAUAAGUUAGGGUAGUUGUCGGUAAUUGGGAAUUGUUAUUUAAACUAUUUUCUACGUUGAAUGAGAUUAUGGAAUAAUUGAAACCUAAACCU